UUUGUAUAUAUAAAUGAUUCAGAAUUACUUACUCUAUUCCUUACGCUUCAAUUCAGCACGUAUUGAGAAAARAUGAUGGCGUACCUAUGUCUUGGUAUUCUAGUGUCUGUGCUUUCGUCGAAGAGUAUGAUUGCUCCUGGACUGGCGAGUGUUUCUGCAAUGUCUAUAGGAGGGUGGGAAUAUWCAUCAGAUAMAAAAAUGACAGAUCCUUUGAUGUCUAAACUGCCUAAAAGCCCUAGAAGGAGUCAAAAAGCCAAACCGAACUCUUGGCCAUGGAUGGUGGACAUCAGAAUGAAAUCUGGACACGUUUGUGGAGGGUCUUUGAUUGACAAAGAGUGGGUCCUGACAUCCAGAGAAUGUUUAGAGUUAAAUGAAAUUUCCGAUUAUGAAGUUGUACUUGGAGAGCACGAUCUAAAUGAAACAACUGGCUCAGAAACAGUGCACAAAAUUGUUGGACACCACACCCAUGAUCGCUAUUUAGCCGACGAACCUUAUGGCUACAAUAUUGUACUCGCACAGAUCUCACCACCAGCACAUUUUAAUAACAAUAUCAAAAAAAUUCGCUUACCCCGUCUAUAUGAACAAGUGCCUGUUGGUACAAGAUGUGUCGUAACUGGUUGGAGUCUACAAGGUAAAACCUCCCAAGUUUCACCUGUUCUAAAGCAAGUGGAGGUUUCCAUUUUCUCGCACAGAGCCUGUACUGUUGCCAACGAUAACAAACCGGUUAGCCUGUUUUCAACUAUUUGUGCUGGCCAUGGCGAAAACAACACACUUUGUAAGGGAGAAGACGGUGGUCCUCUAAUGUGCAAAAAAAAGAAUGGAAAAUGGAUUCUCCAAGGAAUAGUCACUUGGGUUAAAAACUGCACAGAAAAUGGUUAUACCAUAUUCACUAGAGUCAGCUCGUUCAUUGAGUGGAUAAAUUGGAAGAAGACGCGAUAUUUUCUCAYKGACGUGCCUUAUUGUGAAGCAGAUAACCAUUACUACUGCAAUAAUUGGAAGGACAAAGGUUUUUGUGAUGUGCCUUUCAUAAAUCGGAAGUGUGGCAAGACUUGUGGACAUGGAUGCAUCAUYGUCUGACUGAAGUUUAGCUAAAGUCUUCGAGAAAUAUAUCAACAAAGAAGAAGAGCUCACAAAGACUACAUGGGGGAUAGGAUAAAACUACAACUGGGCAAAAUGCGCGAGAAAAAUAAAAUAGAUGGGUUGAAAUAUAAGCUAUAUAAAAAGCACUGAAGACAUAA